UGUAGAGUAGGCGCGUUUUUCCUCAAAGAUAUCCAAUCGUCAACAAUCUAAAUUACUGGUCAAACGUGAUCGCGAUGAAAAGAGAAGCAGAUGAAGAUGGCCCAGGGUCGCUGGAGUCCGAGAGGAUGUCGAAUUUGGCGGAAAAAGUUGUCAAAACCGUUCAAGCAAGGGAAGAUGGAGACCAAAAGCCUGCAUUCCUCAAUCCAGCUAGUUCAGCGCGACCCGAUCGUACAACCCAAAUAUUCGACAGACAAUUGAGGCUUUGGGAGAUCGCAGGCCAAAAACGACUUGAAAAGGGAGCGGUCAAGAUCUGCGAUUGUUCAGCGACUUCGGCUCAAAUUGCCAAAAAUUUGGUUUUAGCUGGAGUCAAUCAUCUCGAUAUGUAUGAUGACAAACUCGUCCGUCAAUCAGACAUCGGGAACCAUUUUUUCUUGGAUCAAGCAAGCUUAGGUCGCAAUCGAUCGAAAGAGUGUUGCAGAUUGCUCAAAGAAUCAUCUCCAUCUAAAUCUAUAGUUAUGUACAACGAUGAACUCUUGAAUGAGGAAUAUUUCGACGGCUUUGACGAUUUCACCGGCUUCUGGACCUGGGAUGCCCACAUCGCCGUCCGAUUGAUAGAUGAUGAUGAAGAUAUUAUCAGUCACCACUGUUGGGACUUCAAUGUGCCCACAAUACUGGUUCAGACUUGCGGCUUAGCGGCAAGUAUUCGGGUCCAGAUUCGAGAGCAUAGUGUGAUCCAAACCAAUCCGGAUUCUCUUGCCGAUCUAAGAUUGGAUUCCCCUUUCCCAUCCUUGUCUGAAUUCGUCAAUUCAUUUGAGAUGGACAAGCUUGAUAAUCAUGAGCAUGCUCACAUCCCGGCGGUUGUGAUCGUCAUCCACUUUUUAGAAAUCUUCAAAUCUAAGCACGAUGGAAAUUUACCUCAAGACGCGGCUCAACGCGAGGAAUUAAAGCAAAUGAUCUUGGCCGAGAAGAGAAAUGCGGACGAAGACAAUUUUGAUGAAGCGGUGGGUAUGAUUUGGAGAGCCUGUCAACCAACCAAAGUGCCCGAACACGUAGAAGAAUUAUUCAAAAAUCCGCAUUGCGAUAAAAUACCCUGGUGGGACGGAAGGUUUUGGAGACUUGUGAAAAGCUUACGAAAGUUCGUCAAACAGAAUCCCAGCCGUCAAUUGCCUUUGUCUGGAGUGCUUCCAGACAUGAAAUCGGAUACGAAAAACUAUGUCAAACUCCAAUCAAUCUAUCGCCAACAAGCCAUGAACGACUUGGAAACUUUUAAGAAAAUCAUGAAUGGCACUGACGAAUCAACAGAAGAGAAAUCUGAAGAGGAGAAAGAGGGGGAGGAAGGGCAGGAGAAAGAUCGGGGGAAGAAGGAGAAGAAGAAGGUGAAAAAGGAGGAGGAUGACGAGGAUGACGAGGAGGAUGAGGAUGAGGACGAGGAGGACGAGGAGGACGAGGGGGAUGAAGAUGAGGAUGAGGAUGGGCAGUAUCGCACCGAUGCGGGACAUUAUACUGAGGGACCCGAUCUCGACGUUUCUUCAGAAAUGCUCGAGACCUUUGUCAAGAAUUCCGCCCACAUACGUUUGGUCCGGGGAAGAUCAUCUGGUACACAGCCCAAAGACUUGAUUGCCAAGAUUGAGAAGGAAUUUGAGCCUGGGAAUGAAGACUACACGGCGACUUGGUACUUGGCAUUCGAGGUCAUGUCUUCUUUCAGGUCGCUCAACAAGGGUGAAUAUCCGGGGAUGCGGAAAGGACAAGAGGAGGAAGACUUUAACAGUCUUUCCGAGAUCGCCCUCAAUUGUUUACGUACACCGCCAUCGGAUGAUAAGGAGGAGGAAAAGGUACCUGAGAAAUUACCCGAAAAACUCGAAAAAGUUCUCAAAGAAAUGGUGAGAUCGGCAGGAUGUGAAUUACCACACAUCUCGAGUAUAGUGGGCGGACUGGUUUCUCAAGAAGUGAUCAAGCUGAUCACAGGACAAUAUAUACCGAUGAAUGGGGUUUGUAUCUUCGACGGUUAUAAAUCUACUACUAGAGUCUUAGAAUUCUAAAGAUGAAAAAAUUAAACAAAGUCUUGCAACUCUUAUAAUAUUAAUUCUCUUCUUGCUCUAACUUGACUUCUCUGAAACGCUCCAAAUUACAAUCAUGAUGAUGCCAUAAUAAAGAACAAUAAAAUAGGCCGCUUGCUGAUUUAUUUAUUACAUCACGCAUUUCAACCCUGCCGGUGGUUUCCAGAGCUUCGAACGAGCCAGGCUGGACCGAGCUCUGGCAGCGCCUGGUUAUAGAGUUGGAUGGCCAGCCAAAUUCAGCAAUGCUUGAUGAGUGUACCCAUGAAGCACUACG